UCUGUAGUGUUGGCAGAUAACCUGAAGUCCAACCCAGGCAUCAAGUGGCAGUACUUCAGCUCAGAGGAGGGCAUCUUCACUGUGUUCCCCGCCCACAAGUUCCACUGCAAGGGCAACUACGAGCACCGCAGCAGGCCAGUGUACGUGGCGGCGGUGCGGCCCCAGUCUAAACACAUCGUAGUGAUCAUCGACCACGGAGUGACUAUUACAGAAACACAGCUCCAGAUUGCCAGAGAUGCUGCCCUUGUCGUCCUCAACUCUAUAGAUGAACAUGACAAGGUCUCGAUCCUGUCCUCAGCGGAGGCUGUGCGCUCCUGUUCUCUGGACCAGUGCUAUAAGAGCUACCUGUCUCCUGCCACCAGCGAGACCAAGAGGAAGAUGAGCGCCUUCAUCAGCAACCUCAAGGCCUCCGACAGCCCUACCCAGCAUGCACUGGGCUUCCAAAAGGCCUUCCAGCUCCUCAGGAACACCAGCAGCGUCACCCGGAAACUCACCAACACAGACAUGGUGAUCGUCUACCUGUCGUCUGGCAUCACGUCCCGAGACGCAUCGGAGCAUGAGAAGAGAGACACCCUCCGUGUGGUCAAAGAGGAGAACCGCCACCUCAACAACUCCGUCAUGAUCCUCACCUACGCCCUCAUGAAUGAGGGCGUGACGGGUCUGAAGGAGCUAGCGUUCCUGCGUGACCUAGCGGAGCAGAACUCUUUGAAGUACGGCGUCCCGGACCGCUCGGCGCUACCCGUGGUGAAGGGGAGCAUGAUGGUCCUGAAUCAGCUCAGUAACCUGGAGACCACCGUGGGACGCUUCUACAUCAACCUGCCCAACCGCAUGAUAGACCUGUUCUGCUUCAGCCUGCCCUACCAGGACCCCAUGGGAGACGGUUUCAUCAUGACGGUGAGCCGGCCAUGUUACUUUGGCAACCUGUUGCUGGGUGUAGUUGGGGUGGACGUGAACCUAGCCUACAUUCUAGAGGAUGUCACCUACUACCAGGAUUCUUUGGCCUCCUACACCUUCCUCAUAGACAACAAAGGUUACACCCUGAUGCACCCGUCCCUCACGCGGCCCUACUUGAUGACAGAGCCUCCCCUCCACACUGACAUCAUCCACUAUGAGAACAUCCCUGGGUUCCCUGUGGUACGGGACAACAUUCUCCGUCUGCCCCUUGGUAGUCAGGUGAUAGCUGUGCCCACCAACUCCUCUCUGUCCUGGCACACCAACCGCCUCCGAGACCCCAGCAAGGAUGCCUACAACGUCAGCUACACAUGGAAACUGGUCCAGGACAAGUCGUUCAUCCUGUGCAUAGUGAACGUCCAGCCAGAGAUCCCUGUGAAACACCUGAAGAACCUGAACACAGCUCCCAGCUCCAAGCUGCUCUAUCACCGCCUGGACCUGCUGGGUCAGCCCUCCUCCUGUCUGCACUUCAAACAGCUGGCCACCGUCGAGAGUCCUACAGUGAUGCUCUCUGCAGGGAGUUUCUCCUCGCCCUACGAACACCUCAGCCAACCAGAGACCAAACGCAUGGUGGAACACUACACUGCCUACCUCAGUGAUAACACACGCCUCAUAGCCAACCCUGGACUCAAGUCGUCGGUCAGGAACGAGGUGAUGGCGACCAGUCACGUCACAGAUGAAUGGAUGACACUCAUGGAGAUGAGUAGCCUCAACUGCUACAUUGUUCGCCGUUACAUAGCAACGCCCAAUGGGGUGCUUCGGAUUUACCCCGGCUCACUCAUGGACAAAGCCUUCGAUCCGACCCGGAGACAAUGGUACCAGCACGCUGUGGCGAACCCUGGCCUCAUCACCUUCACCGGGCCUUACCUGGAUGUGGGCGGGGCCGGAUACGUGGUCACCAUCAGCCACACCAUCCACACCUCCAGUUCUCAGAUGGCCUCAGGGUAUGCAGUAGCAGUAAUGGGGAUAGACUUCACACUGCGUUACUUCUACAAGGUUCUGCUGGACCUGCUACCCAUCUGCAAUCAGGACAAGGGCAACAAGAUCCGGUGUGUUUUUAUCAUGGAGGACAGGGGUUACUUGGUGGCCCACCCCACCCUCAUCGACCCUAAAGGUCACGCUCCAGCCGAGCGGCAGCACAUCACACACAAGGAACCUCUGGUGGCCAACGACAUCCUGAACCAUCCUAACUUUGUCAAGAAGAACUUGUGCAACAGCUUCAGCGACCGCACAGUCCAACGUUUCUACAAGUUCAACACCAGCAUCAAGGGUGACUUGACUAACCUGGUCCACGGGAGCCACUGCUCCAAGUACCGUCUGACCCGUAUCCCUGGCACCAACGCUUUCGCUGGCAUCGUCAACGAGACGUGUGAUUCGCUGGCUUUCUGUGCCUGUAGCACCGUGGACCGCCUCUGUCUCAACUGUCACAGGAUGGAGCAGAAUGAGUGUGAGUGUCCAUGUGAGUGCCCCCUGGAGGUCAACGAGUGUACUGGCAACCUCACCUACACUGAGAACAGGAACCCCAGCUGUGCGGUGCACCAGGAGCCCCUGUCUCUGACAGUGAUGGACUCCAGUCUGCAGGACACCCUGCCCCAGUGUAUCAACACCCGCUGCAGCCAGCGCUUCACUAGCAGUGACUGUUUUGGCGUGUUGGACUGUGAAUGGUGUAUGGUGGACAAUGAUGGGAAGACCCACCUGGACAAACCUUACUGUGCCCUGCAGAAGGAAUGCUUCGGGGGCAUCCUCGGGGCCAAGAGCCCUUACAUGGACGGCAUGGGGAUGUUGAAUGAGGAGGUAGCGUCUCUGAACAUGAUUCGGAGUGCACCGGUAGGGCCGGUUGCCGGGGGGAUUAUGGGCUGUAUCAUGGUGCUGGUGUUGGCUGUCUACGCCUACAGACACCAGCUCCACCGGCGCUCACAUCAACACAUGUCCCCUCUGGCCGCGCAGGAGAUGUCAGUGCGGAUGUCUAACCUGGAUAAUGAGCGAGAUGAGGACAGUCAUGAAGACAGGGGAAUCAUCAGCAACACACGGUUUAUUGCUGCGGUGAUUGAGAGACACACCCACAGCCCYGAGCGCAGGAGGAGGUACUGGGGACGGUCAGGGACAGAGAGUGACCACGGUUACAGCACCAUGAGUCCUCAGGAGGACAGUGAAAACCCUCCCUGCAACAACGACCCCUUGUCGGCCGGCGUGGACGUGGGGAACCACGACGACGACCUGGAUCUGGACACGCCCCCUCAGACGGCGGCGCUGCUCAGCCACAAGUUCCACCCGUACCGCCACCCGCCCCACCACCAGCUCCACACACACCACCUGCAGGCAGCAGUCACCGUGCACAGUGUGGACGCAGAGUGCUGAUCCUCUAUACCCGAUCCCUACACAGGCCUCAGCUCUCCUCCAACCCCACCAGCCCUCUGCCUGGCAACAUCACUACUAGCUAUUCAUCCAACACUACCACUACCAACUCCAGACUCCACCACCCAUGUGUGCUCCCACUGUGCCAAGCCAGGGUGAAAGGAGUUGGGCUGGGGAGAACAGAGCAGUCCCCCUCCUGGAGGACUCCUUGAAGUUCACACACUCCACCUCUGUUGAGGAACACUAGCUUCUGUAGCCCAGUAUAGCCCUGCUCAGAAACAUGGGGGGUGUGGUGGAGGCCUCUUUUAUUCAAAAGGGCUCUGAACUUGUUUAAAAGUGUAAACAAAGCAUCUCAGAUUUUUAAGAAGAUAACAAAUAAGAAAUAAAGGAUUAUUUUUCUACUAUUUAUUGAACUGGAUUUGAGAAUGAUCAGAUGCGCACCUGACAGUGGCUGGAGCUGAACUGAAUGAACUCUGGUUGCCAAGGUAACCACAGUGGCUGAUCAUGGACCACAGAGUGUCCCUGCUGCACAUGCCCCUCACUUCCUGUUAAGGACACAUCAUGAAGAGGAAGUGGUUAUUCAACACAUAUCUGACACAGGUUAUCCUUUGGAUUAUUUUCAGUURAGAAUCAGAAAAUCAUUGUUAUUGUUGUGAAGGUGAAAUUAGUUGAACUCUUUGUCCUGACUGAACAAGCUGAAUACAAUACAUUGUAUUCACUAAUCCACCCUACCAGGCAACCACCAGUCCAGGGCUGGUUUGUGUCAACGGGAUGCUGUAUGACUGAAUAUGGAAGGGCCAUGCCAGGACCCUGGCAGAAUGACUCAGACACACAGGAGAGCCAUUCCCACACUUUGGUGCCCUGUUAUCUGCCUGAACAUUAAGGCAUAGAGCUGGUGUGAGGGAUUGGUUGGUCUGUCUUAUCUGACCCCCUCACACUAACAUCUAGACCUGGUGGGCCAAGCUAUGACUCUUUCUGUCUCUAUGCCUGUGGGACCUAUCACUGUUGAAGAGAGGUGUGUGUGUACACAGGUUGUGCAACUGUAAUGGUGUGUGUGUGUGUGUGUGUGUGUGUGUGUGUGUGUGUGUGUGUGUGUUUGGUCUGAUUGUAUGGAAGUGGUCAGAGCAUCUCAAUUGAAAGCAUUAUUACAUGGUUUAAUUGUUUUGAAAGUGUAAUUAGUGAAUAGAGAGGAAAUAAUUUUGGUUUCAGCAGUCCGCCUGAUUUUCUGAUGAGUAAUUUCCCCGUUAUAACAAGUGUUUUGUCAUGUGAUUCAUGGAUGAACUUCUCCAAAUCAAGUCAUAUUGUAUUCAUUUAGUUUGGGUGAAGAAUGUCUCGUGUUUUUUUUUUUUACCCCCGAUCGAAACAGUAUAAAGUGUACAUACCUUUUUAAAAGUCACAAAUAGCUAUUCAUGUGUUGCACUCCAUAUUUGUAUGUUGGAAAUGAAAUAUUGGGUACUCAAAAUGAUGCUCAGAUAUUUGUUUUUUGUGUGAUAUUUUUCAGUUCAUGGUUUGCGACACCUUGGAUGUUAUUAGGUUUACCUUUCUUUAGGUCCAUAUUGGAUGGAAGACAGACUGACAUAGUUGUAUUUUAGAUACUUAAAGUUGAAGAUUUUAAAGUCUUUCAAAUCAAAUUUUUGUUGAACCAUGUAGGGUCAAAAUGUCAGAAGACAAUGUCAAUUGUCAAGAAGAGAUUUUAUUUUAGACUSCAGUGGAACUUUCUCCCUGUUCGUUGAGUUGGAUUAGUUCUAGACAGGAUAUGGGUCAAAUUCAUUUCUAUUCUUAGAAAUUGAAUAUCGUGUUACUUCCUGAAUUGAAAUAUAAUUGACCCCAACUUUAGUUCUAGAGUACCUUUUCAUUGAAUAAUAAUGCCAUGUCACCUAACGCUACAGCUCAUAUUAUGGGAUAUUGUGGUACUCUAGUCUCACUGUAGUUAAAAGCAGUAAUUCAUUUUAGUCACAGUUAUCUCCUACUGUCCUGUUCAUAACCACCACCACUGAAAUUAUAGCACUGGACGUUACUCAUAACACUACACAGCUCUGGGAAUAUACACCCCGAUUUUGUCACGUCGGGUUGGUGCAUAUUUCCAACGGUGCAGCACCAAAACAUACAGUACCAGUCAAAAGAUUGGACACACCUACUCAUUCAAGGGUUUUUCUUUAUUUUUACUAUU